CCCCUCAAAAUUGAGAUUUUUGAAAGAUCUUAGUACUACAGCACCACAGUAAUACGAGGAAGAAGACUGUAUUACUAUUAACUGUGGCAGCCUUACUCCACUUCAACUGCUCUCGGUUCAUCGCCAGAUCUGGCGUGAUUCCAUCACACCGCAAUCGGAUUCGUCGCGAACCGCCCCGCGCUUCUCGGGCGAACCGCCAUUUCCGGAUCAGAAAUAAUUAUAGUGGAAAAUGAAUUUUUUGAAGCUGAGGUCCAGCAUCAGUCAGCAAUCUGUUAAAGAGACCCAGGUAGAGGCAAAUUAUGUGUCAAAAGCUGCUAGUACAUUGGAGGGUCUGAUUGCUGAAGAUCCAUUUGGAGAAAACACAUCUUCUGAGCCAAGGUACUCAGAAAGUGAAGAAUUUGGGAAUGAGAAUGGCAUGGAAGCAGAUUCAAGUGGAAAGAAUAAUCAAGUAGACAGCCAUAUAGAUGUUACAGAAGAUGAUGGGUUGAUAGUUAUUCCAUGCAAAGAAGUUCCAGACAAUUGGAAUGAGGCAUCAGAUAUACUUUCAUUACGCUCCCUGGACCGCAGCUUUGUUUUUCCCGGUGAACAAAUCCGAAUUCUUGCAUGUUUGUCUGCCUAUAAGCAGGAUAUGGAAAUAAUCACACCUUUUAAAGUUGCUGCUGUCAUGAAUAAAACUGGAAUUGGGAAAAACUUCAAAAAACAAAAUGGGAACAUUGAAGGAGAAGCAAGCCCAGUCCCUGAGAUCGUUGUCAAAAGUUCUGAUGAUAAAGAUAAUCAAACUGAUGAAAUCAUAACAGAAGAGAAGAUUGAUUCAUGCAAGGAUGUUUCAACCGGUGAGUCUCUCCUUAGGAUGGAAGAUCACAAAAGACAGACUGAACGAUUGCUUCGAAGAUUUGAAAAUUCACAUUUUUUUGUGCGAAUUGCUGAGUCAAAUGAACCACUGUGGUCCAAGAGAAGAGCAGGAGAAAACUGUUCCGAAUCUUCCACUGCAUUUGAAGAACAACUUCUAGGAGAUUCUUUAGAAAUUGCAACUGCAAGAAAGAAGAAGAAUCCCGCUAGUGCCUCGAUUGACAAAGGAAAAUUUGAUUCACGCACAUCUGGGGGACUGGCAAGAGGUGUUGCCAAGUGCUGCUCACUUCCAAAUGGAGACAUAGUGGUGCUUUUACAAUUAAAUAUUGGCACUCAGUUUUUUAUGGAUCCAAUCCUGGAGAUUAUACAAUUUGAGAAGCAUCAAGACAGAAAUCCGAGCAUUCAGAAUCAGGAUAUUCCUACUUCUUUCAAUCGAGAUCCUUAUGGGGAAUUAUUAAAAUGGUUACUUCCAUUGGAUAAUUCUAUUCCUCCUCCAUCUCGUCCUUCACCUCCUCCAGCACUGAGUUCCAGUUCAAGUAUUCGUAGCGCAUCUGUGAAACCUGCUGUACCUAGCUCUUCAAGUUCCCAGCUCUUUUCUUUUGGACAUUUUAGAAGUUAUUCUAUGUCCUCAAUCCCUCCAAAUGCUACACCACCUGUAGCUACACCUUCUGCAGCUACAUUGCAAUCAGCUACUCCACCUGCAGCUACAUUUCAAUCAGCUACUCCACUCGCAGCUGCCACCACUCCUGAAACUAAACCUACUAUCGACCCAGAAGAUUGGAAUCAGUUCUCGUUCAAGAAGUUUGUCGGAAGUGGAAAAAGUGGAGAUGAGGGACUAUUAUCUUUUCGUGGUGUGCCACUGCAACAAGAAAGAUUUUCUGUUCGGUGUGGUUUGGAAGGAAUAUUUACACCUGGAAGAAGGUGGAGAAGAAAAAUUGAGUUGAUUCAACCUGUAGAAAUUAAUUCCUUUUCUGUUGAUUGCAACACAGAUGAUCUUCUCUGUGUACAUGUGAAGAAUGUUUCCCCCGUUCAUGCACCAGAUAUAGUGGUGUUCAUAGAUUCCAUAACGAUUAUUUUUGAAGAGGCAUCAAAAGGUGGACCACCAUUAUUUUUACCGAUUGCUUGGAUUGAAUCUGGGAACAACUGCAGUUUACCAAAUCUAGAAUUGAGGAGAGGUGAAGAACAUUCUUUUAUUCUGAAACCAGCAACUACAAUGUGGAAGCAUGGAAAGGGUCACAGUGAUGGUAAUCCACGACUGUCACGCGUAUCAGCAGCAUCUGCUUCAUCAAGCUUGCCUCACUUGAAUUCUGGUGCAAAGAAUAAUGGAUCAUCUACCGAUCAAUUUGCUGUUCUUGUUUCAUGUCGAUGCAAUUACACUGAAUCAAAGUUGUUUUUUAAGCAGCCGACAAGCUGGAGGCCUCGUAUUUCAAGGGAUCUUAUGGUUUCUGUGGCAUCUGAGAUGUCUGGGCAAGCUCUUGGAUCUGAUGGAACCCAGCUUCCAGUUCAGGUUUUAACUCUUCAAGCAUCAAAUAUGACUUCAGAGGACCUGACAUUAACAGUUCUUGCACCAGCGUCAUUUACUUCUCCUCCUUCUGUAGUGUCCUUGAGCAAUUCUCCUCUGAGUCCAGUUUCAGAUUCCAUCGAGUUAGCAAGUGAUAGGCGAGCAGAUGUUUUUUAUGGGCACAAAAUGGAAGAUAGUUCACAAUCUGUAUCUGGCAAUGAACAAACUGUACCCAUGUCUGACGUGGUCCAAAACACUGAUAUGGGUUGCAGCCAUUUAUGGUUACAGAGUAGAGUUCCUCUAGGAUGUGUCCCUUCCCAAUCUACAGCAACUGUUAAGCUUGAAGUUCUUCCAUUGACUGAUGGAAUUAUCACUCUUGAUUCUCUUCAAGUCGAGGUUAGGGCAAAAGGUCUUACUUAUGUUCCUGAGCAAUCCCUAAAGAUAAAUUCAACCUCGAGCAUUGCAACUGGUAUACUUUGAGGUGCCUGUUUUGUUCAAGUUCAUUUGUUUUCAUCGUUCUGGCACGAAGACACAAAUUGCAAGAUGGCUCUGGCUUGUUGCCAGUUUCUCUGUUGAUAUGAGCUUUAAAAUCUGGUCGGGUCAGUUUCUCUACCUAAGCCAGCUACCGAACAAUCUCUUAUGUGAAAACCUCACCCGGUCUAUUUUUCAUACAUUUAGAGAGUACAGGUCCAUACAUCCCCGUAAAGAGUUCAUUGUGCUCCUUAUUAUAGGAAUCAUUUCAUACAUGUUUUGAUUUGAUUUGAGAUGUAGCUAUGUAGUUGAGGUAGACUUAGCGGGAACUAUUGCGCAUUUCUUUCAGCCGUAGAUUUGUGCGAAAAAUUGCUUUGCGUUUGAGAUUAUAUUGUUGUUGUCAACUAUAGUCUCCUCCAUCAGUGUGAAACAUGUAAGCAUAUUUUGUAUCUGAUUUUCUUGUAAUCCUUGAAAUGUUACAAUUUAUAGACAACGAAACUGUUGCUGUUUUCAUGCUUGUAGGAAAUUUUUAUUUAUCACUCCCCCUA